AUGGCCAGAGGAAACAACGAUCUGGGGAAGCUGCUGUCCGCCGGCGGUGCUGCGGCAGCCCUCGGAGGUGCCUACAAGCUUGGAGAAUUCCUGUACAAGGCGAAGCGUCUGCGCGAUGUUGGCCCUGCGAACGCUGUUUAUGUGCGCUUGAUUGGCCGCGUGCGAUCUGACCUCGAUGAAGUCCGCCGCUUGCUCGCCGUUAAAGAGGUUCACGAUGCGCUCGAAGCGAAUCCCGAGAAGGCCAAAUGGGUAUACGGCGCUAUGCGCGAUGUGCGCGGUGCCCUCGAGAAUAUCACGCCGCACACUGAGCGCGUGGGAAGCGAUGUUGAGGAGGGCCGCCGCGUUGGCUUGCGACACCGUGUGUACUGGCUCCUCAGCGAGAAAGAGAAGCUCGAGAACAGAGAGAAGGAAGUCUCGAUCGCGCAUGCCAGUUUGACUGAGGUGAUCGGCUACCUCACGGCGCUGGAACCAGAAGGCACCAAGAAAUCGAAGGACAAGCACGACAAGCAUGAGAAGCAUGAGAAGCAUGACCGCCAUGACUCACGCCACGAUGUGCAUGUGGACAAGCACGUCGACAUCGAUAUCGACGUCAGACACGAGGGCCCGCACAGGCAUGAGAGGGAAGUCUGGGUCGAGCGGGACGACCAUGGCCCAAGAAGAGUGAUCGAGGAGCGUGAGGAGUGGACCGAGCAUGACACUGUGCGCCGCCGACCUGGCAAAGUCGAGGAGCACUACGUCGAGCACGAACAACGCGGACCAGGUCACUACGAUCUGCGCGAAACGUGGGUAGAUGAGCACGGCCGUCCUCGCCGCUAUGACGAGCGCGAAGUCUACGUCGAGCAAGGUCGCGAUCCCCGCUACGAGUCUCACUACGAGGCCCACCACCAGGACCAUCGCCACCACGACGACCGCCACGUGGAGCGUGGCCUCCACGUUGAGCGAGAUCCCCGCGACCCGCGCCACGUCGAGGCCCGCUAUUACGAGCGCGGACCCGACCGCUAUGAGGAGAAGCGUUACGAGGAGCGCCGCAUCAACGAGCCUCUAGGCCGCCGCCCGGAAUCGUUUGAAGACCGCCUCCCAGAACGUGACACCUGGAUGCAGAGUGAGUCGCGCGGGCCUCCUUCCGGCCAGUACAGCAGAUACAACGACUACGCUGAAUACGGGGCGCCUCAGCCCUCCGGUGCAGCGAACUACCGACUGCCGCCGAAUCCCGAGUAUGAGCGUGAGGUCUGGGUCGAGGAGAAGGAAGACUACCGCUAUGACGAGUACGGCAACCGGCUGCCCGACCGCUACUUUCCCAAUUUGCCCCGCAGCCGCCUGUGA